GCUGGGUCAUAAUCAGUAGAAUUACCAUCACUGAUUAUUCCUAUGAAAUCCAUAAAGACACCUGUCCUCUUUCACUCGUGAAGGUGCAGUCAUGUCAGCUUCACAGGACAAACUCUGGAGCUUUCAGACUCAGAAAGCAGCACGUGUAUUAUCUUUUAUAUCCAUUUAUUUUGGAUAUUAAGCAUACAGCUUUCUUUUCUGAUGUUAUCUUCAUAUUUCUGAUCAGACUGACAUGCUAUCGAGGAUUUGACGGCGGCUGUCAGUGACCGACUGCUGCUGUACAGACUUGGGGCCCUUUGACCUGCUGCCUGGAAAACAAGGAGGAGCUUUCACUCCUGGAUUUCAGAAUGACUGGGGUUUGUGUGAUGAGGUCUUCAUAGUGGUGGGUGGUGGGCUGGACAAAGCUCCAGCAGAGCGAGUAAAGCCGUCCCAGGGCAGCGGGGGCAGCCUCAGACCGAGCCAGCGGUGGAGCGUAGCGCCGUGCCAUCCGUUUUCAGACACCACUCCAGGAUCUUAAGCUCCUGCUGACAGUUUCCAGCUCUGCGUGAGGAGCUGACAGACUGCUGACCAUGCUUGUGUCCAGAGCAGGUGUUAGCAUGGAUAGGCAGGUGGUUCAACGCGCCAAAGAGGCCUUCGUCAGCGGCAGGGCUCGAGCGCUGGAGUUCCGGCUGCAGCAGCUCCAUGCCCUGCAGAGGAUGCUGACGGAGAAAGAGACAGAGAUCUGCACCGCCCUCAAACAGGACAUCAACAGGAGCCAGUAUGACACCCCGCUGCUGGAGCUAAUCGGCAUUGAGAAUGAGAUCAAGCUGGCCAUCGAGAAGAUUGCAGAGUGGACAGCUCCUCGACCGGUGGAGAAAAACCUUCUCACUAUAUCUGAUGAGGUCUACAUCCAGCCAGAACCCCUGGGGGUGGUGCUCAUCAUCGGAGCCUGGAAUUAUCCAUGGGCCCUCACCCUGCUACCGCUAAUCGGAGCCAUUGCAGCAGGCAACGCAGCUGUGGUGAAGCCAUCAGAGCUCAGCGAGUGUUCGUCCCUCCUGCUCCGAGCGCUGCUGCCACGUUAUCUGGACAAGGACCUGUAUCCGGUUGUGAUGGGUGGAGCCUCAGAGACCCAGGAGCUGCUGCGGCUCAGGUUUGACCACGUGUUUUACACGGGCAGCAGCACCGUGGCCAAGCUGGUGAUGGAAGCUGCAGCACGCCACCUCACCCCAGUGACCCUGGAGCUGGGGGGGAAGAGCCCCUGCUACAUUGACAAGGACUGUGACAUCCGGGUGGCGUGCCGCCGCAUCACAUGGGGAAAGUUUGUAAACUGUGGUCAGACGUGCAUCGCUCCUGACUACAUCCUGUGUGAGCCCUGCAUCCAGAGCCGGGUGAUCGAAUGCAUCAGACGCACGCUGCUGGAAUUUUAUGGAGCUGACCCCAAGUGCUCUGCAGACUACGGCCGAAUCAUCAACCAGCGACACUUCAGCCGAAUCAUGAACCUGAUGGAGGGUUACACCCCAGUGGUGGGGGGUCAGAGCGACCCCUCACAGUGCUACAUCGCUCCCACAGUGCUGAAAGACGUGCCCCCCCAUUCCCGGCUGAUGCAGGAAGAGAUCUUCGGUCCUGUGCUGCCCAUUGUGACUGUAAGUGACAUGGAUGAUGCCAUCAACUUCAUCAAUGAGAGGGAGAAACCCCUGGCUCUCUACAUCUUUUCCCCCAACAAGAAGGAGGUAAAGAGGAUGAUUGAGGAGACCACGAGUGGAGGAGUGACAGUCAACGAUGUCAUGAUGCACUACAGUCUCAGCUCUCUCCCGUUUGGUGGUGUUGGUCAGAGUGGCAUGGGCAGCUACCACGGCAAACACACUUUUGACCGGCUGAGUCACCACAGAGCGUGCCUGCUCCGCUCUCUCAACAUGGAGAGUGUCAACCUGGCCCGCUACCCCCCACAGGACCGGCGGCGGGCACGCAGGGCCAAGAUGGCCCUCAGGUCCCCCCUGAUCGACAUGUCCAAGAGGACGCUGAUCUGGGCUGUGGUGGCCACCAUCAUCGGCAUGGGCCUCUUCAUCACGCUGCUGGUCAUCCUGCUCAUUGCUGCCGGCCUGAACUGCACCUGCUGGUACUGGAGAGGCUUUUACAACUAGAAACCCCAACCAACGUGCACAUGCACGCACGCACACACACCCACACCUACACACACACUUUAAUAAACAUGGACAAAAACAAAAGAUGUGUUUUUUAUUUAAAUGUAUUUUUGGUUCUGUUUUUAAAAAUCAUGUUAUUAUGAAAUGUGUGAGUCUACCAAACAUCCUGCUCCAUGUUUUUACUGGUUCUAGAUCCCUGUGGUUACCUUUCACUCUCUGAGAAGUUUUUGUCCAUUUUGUCUAGAGGUGUUCAGCACAAUUUUAAUUCCAUGAGUUUUCUGAUGCCAUCGAGUCUAGUAAGGAUUUCUUACAUUUGUUAGAGAUUUUUCAAUGAUCUUCAGAUACGUUUUUUGUAAUUAAAUGCAGACGAUUAGUUUCUUUUGUUUUCUGACAUUUCAACUUAUGCCCAACAGAUGGCAGCAGAGAGCUGAGUAAAAUUUGACAGAAUCAGAAUAAAAGAAGUUUUCCUCUGAA